AUGAAUACAUUUAAACGAGACAAAAAGGAAGAGGAAGAUGGAGGUGGGAAUCCGUUUCCAAAUUUGGAAAAAACCACUGUUCUGCAAGAUGCACGGACGUUCAACGACACUCCGGUUAAUCCAAAAAAGUGUGCGCACAUUCUCACUAAGAUUUUGUACUUGAUUAAUCAAGGAGAACAGCUUGGGACUACCGAAGCUACGGAAGCAUUUUUUGCUAUGACUAAACUAUUCCAGUCCCGUGAUGUCAUUUUACGCAGGCUCGUUUAUCUGGGUAUUAAGGAACUUAGUUCCGUUGCUGAAGAUGUGAUCAUCGUUACAUCCAGCUUGACGAAAGACAUGACUGGAAAAGAAGAUUUGUAUCGAGCAGCUGCAAUAAGAGCAUUGUGUACCAUCACAGAUCAUGCCAUGCUUGCAACUAUUGAGCGUUAUAUGAAACAAGCUAUUGUCGAUAAAUCGCCAGCAGUAUCCAGCGCUGCGUUGGUUUCCUCCUUACAUUUAACAAGUGUAUCAGGGGAUGUGGCAAGAAGAUGGGCUAAUGAAGCACAAGAAGCUUUGUAUUCUGAUAAUAUUAUGGUACAGUACCACGCACUCGGUGUGCUGUAUCAGGCUCGCAAAACAGAUAAACAUGCAGUAACUAAGUUGGUAUCCAAGUUGACACGAGCAUGUCUGAAAAGUCCAUAUGCUACUUGUAUGCUAAUAAGGAUGGCCUGUAAAUUAUUGGACGAAGAAGAAAGUGGCAGAGAACUUCUAGAAUUUGUGGAGUCUUGUUUGCGUCAUAAAUCGGAGAUGGUAGUCUAUGAGGCAGCUCAUGCCUUAGUAAAUUUGGGAAGGAGCAGCACCAGAGAACUUGCUCCAGCUAUCAGUGUUUUGCAACUAUUUUGUGGCUCACCGAAGCCAGCGCUGAGAUUCGCUGCUGUUCGGACCUUAAACAAGGUUGCUAUGUCUCAUCCUGCUGCAGUCACUGCUUGCAACUUAGAUCUAGAGAAUUUAAUAACAGAUUCAAACAGAUCCAUUGCCACAUUAGCUAUUACUACGCUACUUAAGACAGGAGCAGAGAGCUCCGUUGAUCGUCUGAUGAAACAGAUUGCCACUUUUGUAUCAGAGAUUUCUGACGAAUUUAAGGUGGUUGUUGUUCAAGCUAUUAGGGCGUUAUGUCAGAAAUUCCCUCGUAAGCACUCUGUUCUGAUGAAUUUUCUCUCUGCGAUGUUAAGAGACGAGGGUGGUCUUGAAUACAAAGCAGCCAUAGCUGACACCAUCAUAGCUGUCAUGGAGGGCAAUGCAGAAGCUAAAGAAGCAGGCCUUGCUCAUCUUUGUGAAUUUAUCGAGGAUUGUGAACACACUUCUCUUGCUGUUCGCAUAUUGCACUUGCUUGGACAAGAAGGGCCAACGUCAAAACAACCUUCUCGUUACAUUCGUUUCAUUUAUAAUCGAGUUAUCCUAGAAAGUGCAAGCGUCCGUGCGGCAGCAGUAACUGCGUUAGCACACUUUGCUGCAGCUUGUCCUCCGUUACUUCCAAACAUAUUAGUUUUGCUUUCUCGAUGUCAACUUGAUUCGGAUGAUGAAGUUCGAGACCGUGCUGCAUAUUACUGUGCGAUUCUUCAGCAAGAUGUCGAUCCAAUGAUUUUGCCUCUCAUACAACCGCCACUUAUCUCAGUUCCCAGUCUGGAAAGAUCGUUACACAAUUACAUCAGAACGCCAAUGGAGGAUCCUUUCGACAUAUCACAGAUUCCUCCAGCUCAGGUAAUAGAAGAGCCAGCACAAACGGAAGUACACUCCAUCAAGCAACAGCCACGAUUAACCAGAGAAGAGAGCUUCAUGGAGAAAUUGUCACAAAUCCCACAACUGGCAUUCAUUAUUCGCGAAUAUCCCUUGUUCAAAUCGUCACCAGUGGUUGAACUGACGGAACCUGAGACAGAAUAUAAUGUCAAGUGCAUUAAACAUACGUUUUCUAAGCAUCUCAUCUUACAAUUCGAUUGUCAGAACACUCUUACCGAUCAGCUUCUCGAAGAUGUUAGGGUAGCGGUUGAACCUCCAGAUGGAUACACUGUGGUCUGCGUCAUUCCCUGUCCGCGGCCUCUGACUUAUAACGAGCCAGGAACUACGUACAUAGUGUUAACAUAUCCAGAAGAUAUUCAUACUCCUGUCGUUACCAUUCCAACUACUCUCCGAUUCAUGGCAAGGGAUUGUGAUCCAAUGACAGGAAUUCCUGAUGCCGAGCAGGGAUACCACGAUGAAUAUAUGUUGGAGGAUUUGGAAAUCUCCCCGGCAGAUCAAAUCCGUGGUCCAGGAGCUAAAGGAAUUACUUUCGCCGCCGAAUGGGAUGCUGCACUGGCUCAAGGGUUCUCCGAGUUGGAUGAGACAUUUGCUCUUGGAGCAAAUGUCACAUCCUUGGAGAAGGCGGUGCAAAGUCUAGUUGGAUUCCUCGGACUGGAGGCUGUGGAACGCAGCGACAGGGUUCCUUCCGGAGCAGUCAGACAUACGUUAUUAAUGAGUGGGAUUUUUAGAAAUGGAAAGGAGGUAUUAGCCAGUGCAAGAUUAGCCUUAUCGGACAACCAAGUGACCAUGCAAUUAACGGUAAGGUCGACAGAUCCUGAUGUAGCAGAACUCGUUAUAUCAGCGGUUGGUUAGAGAUUUGUCAUACCUGUGUCGUACAAAUUUCUUAACCCGUCUAUUAUACCGAUCAUGAUAACUAUACCUGUAAGGAAAUCCGUAUUACUGUCCGAUCGAAGUUGUUACUACAUUAUUAAUAAUAUGUAAUAUAAAUCAA